AUGUCCGUUUCGUUAUUACAACCUUCUUUUUUGAUGUCAAAGACCAGAAGCUACGCGCAAAUUCUCAUUGGGUCUUGGUUGUUCUUAACAGCGAUGGCUAUUCAUUUAAGUCUUGGGGUAGCACCACUAGAUCUUCAACAAGGUGGAAAUUCUCGUAUUCUCUAUGUACAUGUUCCUGCGGCUCGGAUGAGUAUUAUUGUUUAUAUCGCCACGGCUAUAAACACUUUCUUGUUCCUAUUAACAAAACAUCCCCUUUAUCUUCGCUCUUCCGGAACCGGUAUAGAAAUGGGUGCUUUUUUUACGUUGUUUACCUUAGUUACUGGGGGGUUUCGGGGAAGACCAAUGUGGGGGACCUUUUGGGUGUGGGAUGCUCGUUUGACCUCUGUAUUCAUCUCGUUUCUUAUUUACCUGGGUGCACUGCGUUUUCAAAAGCUUCCUGUCGAACCGGCUUCUAUUUCAAUUCGUGCUGGACCGAUCGAUAUACCAAUAAUAAAGUCUUCAGUCAACUGGUGGAAUACAUCGCAUCAACCUGGGAGCAUUAGCCGAUCUGGUACAUCAAUACAUGUUCCUAUGCCCAUUCCAAUCUUGUCUAACUUUGCUAACUUCCCCUUCUCAACCCGUAUCUUGUUUGUUCUGGAAACACGUCUUCCUAUUCCAUCUUUUCUCGAAUCUCCUAUAACGGAAGAAAUUGAAGCUCGAGAAGGAAUACCAAAACCUAGUUCACUCGCUCUCUUUGCAUCCAUGGCUGAAUGGUUAAAGCGCCCAACCUAA